CUUAGCCCAGUAGAAUAACAAGGACUGCGGUCCAAAAGAGACUGAAACUCAGUGUGAAACUACUUAAGACUAUAGCAACCGCUCAGUGGAGUGGAGCUUGAAGAUUUCAUUUUAUCUUUAUUUGUAUUUUUCUUAAACUUGUCAAAGGCUAAUCAUGGCAUUUCUGAUCUACCUGACUGUACUGACAACAGCCGUCAUCACACAGGUGACCGCUAGCUGCCCAGCAGUGUGUGAGUGCCCCGACGAGCCCCUGGUUUGCCCUCCGGGAGUUAGCAGCGUGCCAGACGGAUGUGGGUGCUGCAAGGUGUGCGCCUCGCAGCUCAACCAGGACUGCGGCCACAUGAGGCCUUGCGACCACCACAAAGGGCUGGAGUGUAAUUACGGCAACGAUGUGACCAUGGCCUGGGGCAUCUGUCGAGCAAAAUCAGAGGGACGAACGUGCGAGUACAACGGCAGGAUUUACCAGAACGGCGAGAGCUUCCGUGCCGGCUGUAAACACCAGUGUACCUGCAUCGAUGGCGCCGUCGGCUGUGCUCCUCUCUGCUCCAACAAGCUGCCGCAGGCCUCUCUAUCCUGCCCCUACCCACGGCUCGUCAGGAUACCCGGGCAGUGCUGCUUCAGUGUGGACUGCCAUAAGGGCACCUGGCGGCUCCCACCUAAGCAUCAGGUGCCUCCGCCGCAACAGCACCUGCCCAGACGUCAGCACCAUCCUGCCCCACACCAGCCUGACAACGAGCUGGCCAACGGGCUCGCAGACGCCAAGGCCAGCGGCUGGGAGAAUGAACAUGGCUACAAACACCUGCCUGUGUGGAACCAUCUGAAGGAGAAGAAGUGUCCCGUCCAGACCACUGACUGGUCCCAGUGCUCCAGCAGCUGUGGGAUGGGCGUUUCCUCUCGCAUCACCAACAAGAACCCCGAGUGCAAGCUGGAGAGAGAGACGAGGAUCUGCACCGUACGGCCGUGCCACGGCCUGACCGUCCCCGCCAAGAAAGGGAAGAAGUGCUCCCCGACCCAGAAGGCUCCGGAGCCCGUCCGCCUGUCCUAUGGAGAAUGCACAAGUGUCCGCCUUUACCGGCCCAACUACUGCGGCGUGUGCACGGACGGACGGUGCUGCUCGCCGCGGCGCACACGCACCGUACCCGUGACCUUCGUCUGCCUGGACGGCGAGCGUUUCCAGAGGUCGGCCAUGUUCAUCCAGUCGUGUAAAUGCAGCGACGACUGCGGCCACCUCAACGAAGUGGCCCUCCCUCCGCAGCAGUGGAUGUACGGAGACACACACCAGUUCAUAGACUAGUGCUGAAGAGGAUGUUUAAUUUUAUCUUAAUGUGAUGAGGUCAACUUUCUUGAUGAAGGAAGACACUUCAAGACUAGGGGCCAUUUUUUUUCUCUCAUCUGGCUCCAAAUGAGUGAAGACCACAGGCACCCAAAGGGCCGCCUCGGUUUUAUUCUCAAUCAUAAAGGCAACCCUUGAUUGUGAUAUUAUUGUGUGACCGGAGUGGAUUGUACACUUGCCCGCUCCUGUUCAAACAGACAUGGGACCUAAAUUAGAGCCCUGUAGCGUCCCUGGACCUCCUCCUCUCUGGACUGAUUGCUGGUUCAGGUGUGGAGGAUUUAUUUUUUUAUUUUUAGAGACCCUCAGAUCAGCCUGAGAGGAGAAACACUACAAGAGCAACAAAGCACUUUGUUUAGCACUGAAACUUAAGAACUAGAACUAUGACCGCAGUGCCCAAGGAUCACCUCACCUGCAACAAUAGCCUCACAUACUGUGACGGUGGAUGACUCCAUAUCCCACAAUGCACUGUGACUACUCAGCAACAAGCAAAAGAAUCUUUUGCAGCUUUAUGUAGAAAGAAAAUGUGGACUUAUAAAACCAGCACAGCAUGUUAUGAAUAUAAACAGACUGUGCCUUUUUUUGGCAUACUGACAUGACAAGCCAUUUAUAUUUACACACUGCAAUGAAUGACACUGUUCCUGUGUAAUUCAGACUGUUGAAAUGAUAAGGAACGCUAUCUGGACCUGACACGAGCGUUCAGCAAGGACUGGACCAACGCCAAUUGAUUUCUUGUUUGUGCAUUAAAUGCAGCUUAGAGAAAUGUCUUACACACACCUAUUUGAGAAUUUAUUUUGGAUCGCACUAUAUUCUGUAAAUAUAUUUUCUUUAUUUGGAUCCAAGUUUGUAUUAUUGUCACAUUUAUAUACGUCCGUGGAUUGAGACACUUCAUUGUAGCUGUCACACGUUUGUGUUGGUCCAUCCAUGUGAUAAAAACUGGCUGCUGAG